CAGAAAAUACAGAGAGCGAGAGAAACAGCGACAAGGCCCCAAAGCAAGCAACUGCCAUAAAUGCAAGCUGCUGCUCCUUCUCUGCAAGUCCUUAGGUUACACUUUAGUCACGUUGUCAAGCUCUUUUCUGCAACCAUGACAGCUAAGGGUCUUGGAUAUUCACAUGACUCAGGAAGCAAGGGCUUUAAGGGCAAUGUCUGCUGUGUGGCUACAUGUUGGACAAUGUGGCAAUCAGAUUGGCGAGGAGUGGUGGCAGAUCCUAACCAGUGAGAAGGUGCCGCAUGCAGAGACUGACAGGCACGUUGACGGCGUCCUCCUGUUCCAGAACGAUGCCGUGCUGAGGAGGACAGCAGCUCUCCUUGCAAGGAAAGAGCCAGUGUCUGACAUGCAGCCCCAGGUCUCCCUCUCCGCCAUGAACACCUACGUUGCUUCCUGCCUUGCUGGGCUGCUUUACCUUCUCAAGGCUUUCACCACAGGAAGUGGGAUCAGCAUGGGGACGGAACCCUGGGAGCUGCUGAGGUCUGUCUGCCCCAUGCCGACUAUGAAAUUCCUUCACAUUCCUCAAGCCUGCAAGAGGGGGACAGUAUUUUGGGACAGCCUGGCAUUGUCCGUUGUGCAUUCAUUGCCGCGUGCGUCUCACGCAGGACGGCCCCAUUAUAGCACCUCUGUGCUCGCUGUAGCCCACAGCUACCAAGAGGACACCUUUCUUCUGUCCCGUGACUCGGUGCUGAGGAAGUUGAAGCAAGCCUACCGCUGUGUUCCUUGGAAUCCCUUCCCUCUCAGCUGCUGGACAGCCUCUCUCAACAUCGUGGAGCCUGGAUGUCAGAGUCACUCGCUGACUGUCUGCGCCAACCACAGCAGCUCAGCGGAACUCCUGCAGCAGGUGGUGGCCAGAGCAGAGGCAAUGUACAAGACCAACGCCUGCCUCCACUGGUACUGGCGAUAUGGCUGCGAGGAGGAGGAUUUCCAGCAGGCCUUCGAGACGCUCUGCUCUGUGGCAGACGAUUACAGCCGGCUGGGAGAAUAACGCUGUCUGCUUUGGCACUUCCAGGCUGCUGGCUGUCAGCCUUCCUCCUGAGAGCCCGGAGAACCUCCAGGAAAGAUCGUGCCAAGGUCUCUGGGAAAGGGGUGGUUCUGCGUUGAGGGGGAUGCUGCUGUAAAUCAAUACUGUGACACAUAACACUAGACAAAUAGAAUCGCCUCUCAGCC